AUGGCUACAUCAAAGUUUCAGUCUCGCGAGGACAAUAAGGGCAAAAUCCGAGUCGCAAUCAUUGGCGCAGGCCUCUCUGGGCUUGCAGUCGCCAACGGUCUACUGAAGGAUCCAGAUAAGAGAUUCGAUGUUCAGAUCUUCGAACGAGACACGAUUGCAUUCAGCUCAGAGCGCGGCGGCUACCAGCUCCGCAUUAGCCUCAGUGGCCUGAAUGCCCUCAAGACAGUGUCCAGCCCUGAAGUCUGGCCCAAAGUCCGCGAGGUCUGGUCCGAGGACCAACCGACGGCGCCUACGCUUGUUGACCCUGUUACUUUCAAGGCUCUCCUACGCCUAGACCAGCACAAGUGGUAUCCCCUAAGCCGGUCUCUACCAAGACUCGGACUACGCCGUGCUCUCCUGGAGCCGAUGCUCGCCGAAGGGCGUGUUCACUUCAAUUAUACCUUCCAACGCUUUGAACUCAUCUCCGGUGACAGAAGCGGUGUGCGGCUGCAUUUUGAUGGUCACGACCCAGAGGAUGCCGACAUUCUCAUCGCAGCAGACGGCAGCAACAGCCUGGUUAAUAAGCAGGUCGGCAUCAAUAACAAGAUCAAGCUACAUAGCCAGUUCUUGGUUCAAUCUCGGGGCCAUAUCUCACAAUCUGUCCGCGAUGAACUACCUGAAUCGCUUGUCAGAGACGGCCCGGUCUUGUUCUUUGGCGGCAAGCAUGCCCUUGGAUACAUGUCGAUUUACAAGAACACGGAAGAACUUAGCGAGGGCCAGAAAGCGUCAUAUCAAUUGUUCUGGUCGAUCAUUGUUUCCAAAGCUCAUGGAGAAGAGCUACUAGCCAAGGCCGGCUCGGAUCCUCGGAAGAUCGUUCCCCACCUUGUAGAAUACGUACGAAAGCAGCUAGGUUACGGCGAUCCCUUUGUUCGAAUCAUGGAAUCAGCGACUGAGUUCAUUCGGACGGGCCCUUUGACCAGCUCUGUGAAACCGGAGAAGGAUUGGCGAAGUGGCAUUGACGCUAACUCACGAGUUAUCCUCCUGGGCGAUGCCAUGCAUCCCAUGCCACCGAGUCGAGGCAUGGGAGCAAACCAGGCACUAACUGAUGCCGCGAACCUUGUGGAUCUCUUUCACCAAACGACUUUCGAACAGGGCGUACCUUCUGACAGAGAGCUUGCCACUUUAGUAAGCACAUUCGAUGAAGAGAUGCUGACCCGCGCAUUCAACAUGGUGAAGUCCAGUGAGGCCCUGACUUCGCUGGACACAAGUAAGCUGUCGGGCAAAGCCAUUGUAGCCUUUGUUGGAAUGCUCAUGACCGCGGUGGGAUGGGUGUGUUCAUUCUUGGAAAUUGUUGGCUUAAAGUCUAAGCAAAGGCUCGACUUUGUGUCGCAAGAGAAGUAG